GGAAGCAGAGAGGAUAUUGAAAAAGGCUAGCAAGACCCACAAGGAGAAGGUUGAAGAUUUCAAUCGCCAUUUAGAUUCACUUACUGAACACUUUGACAUCCCCAAGGUGUCCUGGACUAAGUGAAGCAUUUUUACAGUGUAUUAUAUGCUACAAUCCUCGUGAUAUUUGCAGAAUUAAAACUGCUGUCAUUGGUCAGUUUGUGAAAAAAUAUAUAUUUUCUCCUGGCACCCAAA